AUGCAUAUCAAUUAUGUGAAUUUUAUUAUUUCGAAAACUCGACCAAUAUUUAAAAGUUUUUAUUUUAUCAAGAAUGAGUUUUGCUCUUUGACCCCCAUCUGUUAUGCAAGGAACAAUAAAACGCCAAAAAUUUCUAAUAAUAAAAAGGAAAUUUCUAAUAAUGACAAUAAAAAGGAAACCGAUGAAAUUUCGAUUAAUGAUGAUAAAAAGGCAUUAACCACAACAGGGAAAAAGCUUCGUAAUUAUUGUAUUUGGACGGAACAAGAUGAACAAAUAUUACUUGAUGCAGUUGAAAAAUAUGGAACCAAAUGGGAUUAUAUUUCUAAAAAUUGUUUUCAAACGAUAAGAACUCCGGGCUCGGUUGAAAAAAAAUGGUAUUUAUUAAAACAAAAAAUUAAAAGAACUUCAUAUCAUAAUCCUUGGACUACUGAAGAAGAUGAAAUAUUGAAAAAAGGGGUAUUGAGAUAUGGUGUUGGUCAAUGGUCAAUAAUUUCAACAUUAUUACCAAGAAGAGAUGAUGCACAAUUAUUUAAUAGAUGGAAUCUUCUUAUAAAAUCUAAACGUGGCAGAUGGUCAGAGGAAGAACACAAAUUGGUUAUUAAAUUAGUCAAUAAAUAUGGAAGAAAUUGGGCUAUAAUUUCCAACUUAAUGAAUCGUCCAAAUAAUUACAUUCAAAAUCAUUAUGAUCAACAUGUCCUUAAUAGCAAAUGGACGAUAGAAGAUAAAAAUUUACUUCAUAAAGCACUUAAAGAACAUGGAGAAAAUUGGGGUGAGAUUAUGAAAUAUUUUCCACGUAGAACAUUAGCAAAUGUUAAAUCACAUUUUAUCACCGCGCCAUCUUGCAAUCCUAAUGUAAAUUGUGGACGUUGGAGUGACAAAGAAAAACAAGCAUUUAUUGAAGCAUACGAAAAGCACGGAAAGAAAUGGAAAUUAGUUUCAGCACAUGUUGGACCAGAUUCUUGGGUAUUUGUUAUUACUCUAUUAGUUCUUUAA